AUGUGUGGCGAACAAGAAUCACCAAUCCAGUCACCUUUCACAGUUGAUUCAUUGGAAACACUAUUUGAAUAUAUUGAUUCAAUUGAUUUAAAUGAACUGAAUUUCGAUGGAAACAACGAAGAAGAAAUUAACGAAAUGUAUAGAUAUUUAUUAUCAAUAGAUAUGCAUCCUUCAGAGCAGUCACCAGCGAUUUAUGAUCCAGCAACAACUUUUCAAGAACUCGUGGACAAUCAACAAUCGCCUCCAAUGCGCCACCGAGAAUCGCCUCCAGUGUGCCAUCAACAAUCACCUCCAAUGUGCAGCAGUGUUGCAAAUAUGAAUGAAAAUGAGCCUGCAGCGUCUUUUGAUCGUAGCUAUUUCCUGAUUAAUGAUACCGAAGCAUCUAAAAUUCGACCUCCAAAAUUGUGCGAAUUUCUUCUAUUGAUUCUCAAUAAUCCAAUUUAUCAUUCGUAUGCAUCUUGGAUCGACGAUGAUAGUGCCGUAUUCAAAAUUCAUGAGCCAGAAAAACUUGCUAGUCUUUGGCGAAGAGUUAAAAUACGUCAAACUAGUGGAUUGAUGGAUUAUGAAACAUUUUCACGUAGUAUUCGUUAUUACUACAAAUCUGGUCUAAUGCUUCGAACACACAAAAGACAUACCUAUCGAUUUGCGAAGAAAUGA